AUGGCGCGGAUGGACGACACGCCAGCCCACCAGUUUGAACGAGAUAAACCCAUCAAGUACGAGGAAAGAGAUGUGAAGAAGGACUUAAAGGGGGUACUGCCAGAGCUAUGCGUACAUCGUAUAACCCUCGUACCAGGAGCCCAACUGGUACGAAGCAGGUCAUACAGGAUGAAUAAAAACUACGCAGCCAAAGUAAAUGAGGAGAUCAAUAAAAUGCUAGAAGCAGGGAUCAUAUUCAAAGUGGAAACUAGUGACUGGGUUUCCCCAAUAGUCAUCUCUCUUAAGAAGGAAGCUAAUCAGAUAAGGAUAUGUGUGGACUUCAGCAUCCUGGAAGAAGUCGUCCGGAAUGAGAUAUACACAUUCCUGGAUGGAUUCUCCGAGUACAACCCAAUAAGUAUUGCGGAAGAAGACAAGUUGAUGACCACAUUCGUGGUGGAGGAAGGGGUGUACGCCUAUAAUCGCAUGCCCUUUGGACUAUGCAAUGCACCUGCAACCUUUCAGAGAAUAAUUUUGCACAUUUUUGACAAGAUGUCUGUAGGAAACUUCAAGGCAUUCCUGGAUGACUGGUCGAUUUUUAGCGAUCAGGACACCCAUUUGAAGGCUCUAGGGGAGUGCAUGGAAAGGUGUCGGAAGGCUAGGCUAGCCCUAAACCCAAGGAAAUGCAGGUUUAUGGUACCACAAGGGAAGCUUAUGGGCCACAUCGUUUGUAAGGAAGGUCUGAAGACAAACCUGGACAAGAUAGGAGAGAUUGUCAACAUGGAGAGCCCAACAAAUGUGAUAGGAGUGAAAUCAUUCCUGGGCCAUGUCGGCUACUACUGGAGAUUUAUCAAAGGCUUUGCGCAAGUUUCCUGGCCCUUAGAUAAGCUGACAAGGAAGGGAGAGCCGUUUGUGUGGGGUACGGAGCAGGAAGAAGCCUUCAAAGAAUUGAAAGAUCGGCUGGUAGGGGCACAAGGACUGGACCAUUUCGUCUUUUUCGCAAGCCAACUCCUGUCAAGGGCUGAACGGAACUAUAGCACAACAGAGCGAGAGGCACUAGGGAUGAUGUAUGCAGUACAGAAGUUUCGGCACUACCUAUUGGCUACACUGCUCACAUUUUAUGUGGACCAUCAGGCACUAAUGUACAUGGUCAAUAAACCAAUCAUCCAAGCCUGGUAUGAAAAGAUAGGCCAGUACCUAUCUACCUCCACAUUUCCGAGAGAGAUGCCUUCAGGGGAACGGAGGAAGUUGGCGCUGAAGAGAAAGACCUUCCAACUAAUUAAUGGGCUUCUAUAUAAAAUGGGUCCCGACCAAAUCUUGAGGAGGUGUGUCAUGGAGGAGGAAAUUCGCGGCGUGUUGAAGGAGGCACACGACGGGUUAGCAGGCAGACAUAUGGGACCAGAUGCUACUGCCAGGAAAGUGCUUUUGGCCGAUCUAUGGUGGCCAACUCUACACACCAACGCUCGAGAGUGGGUGAUUGGGUGUGACACUUGCCAACGGGUGGGAAAACCACUCAAGAGGGACUUCAUGCCUCUCUUUCCUUCGCAGCCGCAGGAGUUAUUCAAAUGGUGGGGUUUGGACUUUGUGGGACCUUUGAAGCCAAGUAACAUGCACAGGUGUAAAUAUAUAGUAGUAGCCACGGAAUACCUCACCAAGUGGGGAGAAGCUAGGGCCUUGCCGAACAAGACAGCUCUGAGUACGGCACGGUUCUUGUACGAACAGAUUGUCACAAAGUACGGGAUACCCCUUCAAAUCACUAGUGACAAGAGAGUGCACUUUGUCAAUCAAGUAAUUCGUACCUUGACCGUAGAAUUUAAAAUAUUCCAUAACCUAUCUAGUCCGUACUAUCCUCGAGCUAAUAGACAGGCAGAAGCAACCAACAAGGUGUUGGUAUCAAUAAUCUACAAAUCAUGUGGGGUGGAACAGGAAGACUGGGAGGAAAGACUACCAGUCGUGCUAUGGGCGUACCGUACAACAUACAAAGUCACUACCGGGCAUACCCUAUUCCAGCUCAUGUACGGGCAGGAGGCAGUAGUACCAGCUGAGUACACUGUACCGAGCCUUCGGUUGGCGGUGUAUAACAGACUCGAGGAUGAAGAGAGCUUCAAUGCAAGGCUUGGCAGCCUCAUAAAACUGGAUGAACAAAGACUGAUGGCACAAUGGGCGACGGAGGUGGCACAACGCCGACGGAAGCAUUGGCAUGACCAGCAUCUACAGCGGGCCAACUUCCGGCCGAGGCAGUUAGUUUUGAAGUAUAACGGCCAGAACGAACUUCGACCAGGGAAUUUCCAACACAACCAAAUUUUCAUCUUUCUUGGAAUUCGUCUUCUUGGGCACAAUUCUUCCCUGAGGAAGGAAUUUUCUGAAUUUUGCACUUUUCUUCCUGAACCUUGCUUAGGCGUGGAAUUCGCUUUGUGA